UCCCACCAGGUCUCCGCCUCCCUCCCCUUGGUUACCGCCCACCUCGCCGAAGAGACGGAAGCCGGUGGGGUCCGGGCAGGUCCUGGGAGCCUCCAGAGCGCAGGAUGGGCGACUCCAAGGUGAAGGUGGCCGUGCGGAUCCGGCCGAUGAACAAGAGAGAAUUUGACCUUCACACAAAAUGUGUCGUGGAUGUGGAGAAGGAUCAGGUCGUCCUUUACCCCUCCAACAGCAACCUAUCCAAAGGGGAUGCCAGGAGCCAGCCAAAAGUCUUUGCAUACGAUCACUGCUUCUGGUCUAUGGAUGAGUCCGUAACAGAGAAGUUUGCAGGACAAGAUGUUGUUUUUCAGUGCCUUGGUGAGAAUAUUCUCCAGAAUGCCUUUGAGGGGUACAACGCUUGUAUCUUUGCCUAUGGUCAGACCGGCUCAGGGAAGUCCUACACAAUGAUGGGCACAGCGGACCAACCUGGUCUGAUCCCCAGACUAUGCAGCACCCUCUUCGAGAGAACUCAAAAAGCUGAGAAUGAGGAAUUGAGCUUUAAAGUGGAAGUUUCUUACAUGGAAAUCUACAAUGAAAAAGUUCGUGACCUUCUCGACCCUAAAGGAAGUAGACAGUCGCUCAAGGUUCGGGAGCACAAGGUUCUUGGCCCAUACGUGGAUGGACUCUCUAAGCUGGCGGUCACCAGUUACAAGGAUAUUGAGUCCCUUAUGUCAGAAGGGAACAAAUCCCGGACUGUAGCAGCGACCAACAUGAAUGAAGAGAGCAGCCGGUCACAUGCGGUCUUCAACAUCAUCCUCACCCACACCAUCACUGACGUACAGUCUGCGACCUCAGGUGAGAAGGUGAGUAAGCUCAGCCUGGUGGAUUUAGCCGGGAGCGAGAGAGCCACAAAGACUGGAGCAGCCGGGGAGCGUCUGAAAGAAGGGAGCAACAUCAACAAGUCCCUCACUACCCUGGGGCUGGUCAUCUCUGCGCUGGCAGACCAAGGGGCUGGCAAGAAUAAAAAUAAGUUUGUUCCGUAUCGGGACUCUGUAUUAACAUGGCUGCUGAAGGACAGUCUGGGCGGUAACAGCAAGACCGCCAUGGUGGCGACGGUCAGUCCUGCAGCUGACAACUACGACGAGACCCUUUCUACGCUACGGUACGCCGAUCGGGCCAAAAACAUAGUCAAUCACGCCGUGGUGAAUGAAGACCCCAACGCCCGCAUCAUCCGGGAGCUGCGAGAGGAGGUGGAGAAGCUGAGGGAUCAGCUGACACAGGCCGAGUCCAUGAAGGCUCCGGAGCUGAAGGAACGGUUACAGGAGUCUGAGAAGCUCAUCCAAGAAAUGACUGUUACAUGGGAGGAGAAGCUGCGGAAAACGGAGGAAGUUGCUCAGGAGCGUCAGAAGCAGCUGGAAAGUCUCGGGAUCUCCUUGCAAUCCUCCGGGAUUAAAGUCGGAGAUAAUAAAUGUUUCUUAGUUAAUUUAAAUGCAGACCCUGCCCUCAACGAACUUCUGGUGUAUUAUCUUAAGGAUCAUACGCUCAUAGGAUCGGACGACUCGCAGGAUAUCCAGCUAUGUGGGAUGGGAAUCCUUCCGGCGCACUGCAUCGUAGAUAUUUCCACGGAAGGACAAGUCGUAUUAACGCCAAUGAAAAACGCUAGGACCUUAGUAAAUGGCUCCGUGGUCACCAAUCCCACCCAGCUGCAGCACGGGGACCGCAUUCUCUGGGGCAACAAUCACUUUUUCAGGAUAAGCUUACCAAAGAAAAAGAAGGCGGAGCGGGAGGACGAGGAGCGAGACACCAGCAUGAGGAACAGCAGCAGCUUCGAGCAGCUUGACGCCGACGGGGAUUCAUCCAGCGAGGUGUCCAGUGAGGUCAACUUCAACUAUGAGUACGCCCAGAUGGAGGUCAUGAUGAAGGGUCUGGGAAAUAAUGAUCCCAUGCAGGCCCUUCUGCAGACCAUGGAGCAGCAGCACGAAGAGGAGAAGCGCACGGCACUGGAACGCCAAAGGCUGAUGUAUGAGCAUGAACUGGAGCAGCUGCGCAGGAGGCUAUCCCCGGAGAAGCAGCACUACCGCAGCAUGGACAGGUUCUCCUUUGGGUCGCCCAAUGCACAACAGCGCAUCAGGCAGUGGACAGAAGAGAGGGAAGUGAUGCUGCAUCACAGCUUAUCGAAGCUGCGGGACCAGAUCGCUAAAGCAAAUAUGUACGUCCAGGAGGCCAAUUUCAUUGCUGAUGAGAUGGACAAGAGGACGGAGUACAAGGUGACCCUACAGAUCCCAGCGUCCAGCUUAAACGCCAACAGGAAGCGUGGAGAAGUCCUCAGUGAACCGGCCAUCCAAGUGAGAAGGAAAGGGAAAGGCAAACAGAUCUGGUCCCUGGAGAAACUGGAGAAUCGUCUGGUGGACAUAAGAGACCUCUACCAGGAGUGGAAAGCCUGUGAAGAGGACAGUCCUGUGAUCCGGGCCUACUUCCGCCGCGCCGACCCUUUCUACGACGAGCAGGAGAAUCAUAGUCUCAUAGGGGUUGCCAAUGUGUUUUUAGAGUCCCUCUUCCAUGACGUGAAGCUUCAGUAUGCGGUGCCCAUCAUCAACCAAAAGGGAGAGAUCGCUGGCCGUCUGCACAUAGAAGUUGUCCGUGUCAGUGGAGACAUUGACGAGCGGAUAGCCGGAGGGGAAGAUGGAGAUUUAUCAAACGACAGCAAAACUCAGGAGCACAAACUAGUCUGUAUGGUGAAGGUCCUCCAGGCCACAGGUUUGCCGCAGCACCUUACCAACUUUGUAUUCUGUCAUUAUACUUUCUAUGAUCAACCAGAGCCGAUCAUGGUGGCCCCUGAAGUAGACCCCAGCACCUCCUCUCCUAUCAGUAAGGAACCCCAGUGCAUGGUGGUCUUUGAUCACUGUAAGGAGUUUUCUGUCAACAUCUCAGAAGAUUUCCUGGAUUAUUUAGCCGAGGGGGCUUUGGCCAUCGAAGUUUAUGGACACAAAGCGAGUGACCCCCGUAAAAAUCCUGCCCUGUGGGAUCUGGGAAUAAUCCAGGCAAAAACACGCAGUUUACGAGACAGGUGGAGUGAAGUUACCCGGAAGGUUGAGUUGUGGGUCCAGAUCUUAGAACUGAAUGAAAAUGGCGAGUUUUGUCCUGUCGAAGUCAUCGCUGCCAAAGAUGUGCAAACAGGAGGCAUCUACCAGCUGAGACAGGGACAGUCUCGCCGUCUACAGGUGGAAGUGCGAUCUGUACAGGACUCGGGAACACUACCUCUUAUAGAAGAUUCCAUAUUGUCUGUGUCUGUGGGGUGUGUAAAAAUUGUGCAUGCCAAGACCGGCAAGGGUCACGAUGGGCAUCAGGAUGCUGGAGAAGAUAUUGAUAGUUAUCAGGACCGGGAUUUGGACAGACUGAAGAGGAAAUGGCUGAACGCCCUGACCAAGCGCCAGGAGUACUUAGAUCAGCAGCUGCAGAAGCUGGUCAGCAGACAAGAUAAGACUGAAGAUGAUGCAGAACGUGAGGCCCAACUCCUGGAGAUGAGACUGACUCUGACUGAAGAGAGGAACUCCGUCCUGGUGCCCUCCGCAGGAAGCGGGAUUCCCGGAUCACCCGCUAACUGGACCCCAGUGUCAGGGAUGGAAACUCAUAUUCCUGUUAUUUUCCUGGACCUUAAUGUGGAUGACUUCAGCUCCCAGGACAAUCUGGAUGAACCUGAAGCAGCCGGGUGGGAUGCAACACUGACGAGUGAAGAGGAAGACGAGUUCUUUGAUUUACAGAUUGUCAAACACCACGAAACUGAGGUGAAGGCUGAAGCCUCAUGGGACUGCACCGUCCACAACUGCCCCCAGCUUAGUAAGGGAUCCUCAGCGGAUGAGCGGGUUUUCCUCAUCGUCCGAGUUACGGUUCAGCUCAGUCACCCCGCCGAGAUGCAGCUGGUUCUACGCAAGCGGAUAUGUGUGAACGUCUACAGCCGACAGGGAUUUGCUCAGAGUUUGCUGAGGAGAAUGUCUUCAAGAAGUAACAUCGCAAGCUGCGGUGUAACUGUGGAAAUAGUCUCCAAUAUUCCUGAGGACUCCCAAGGAGCAGAGGACCGGGAAGCCCUGGCAAGAAUGGCUGCAGAUGUGGACUACGACAACUCCACAGCUUACAUAGAGAAGUACUUACGCAGCGUUUUGGCCGUAGAGAACAUCCUCACCUUGGAUCGGCUGCGUCAGGAGGUGGCAGUAAAGGAGCAGUUAUCAGGAAAAGGAAAGCUGAGUAGGAAAAGCUUAAGUUCACCCAAUGUCCACAGGUUAUCAGGGAGUCGUGGGGAGCUGGGAGCGCAGCACAAUCUGGCGGGUAACAGAGGUCGAUGGGAAAGCCAGCAAGACGUGUCUCAAUCCUCAACCCUCUCCAACCGCAGCAGCGGUUCCCCACUGCGACCUGCCUCACCCGCAGGAUCAGGGCACAACCAGUCUCAGGACUCAGGUCAUGAUACGUCAUUAUCAUCCUACUUAAACCCUGUCAAAUCCUUCGUGCCUCAGAUGCCCAAACUCCUUAAAUCUCUACUCCCUCAGCGAGAUGAGAAGAACAGACAGCCGGGACCCUUGACCGCUGCUCAGGCUGUCCCACGGAUUAUAGUCCAGUCGGCCAGUAUUGAUGACAAUGCGUUCAAGCCUAAACCGGUAAACCACGAAGAAUGGGCUGGGAUCCGGCAACCAGUGAUUGCUCGCUCCCCGGUGCAAGCCAAGAAAAGUGACAAGUCACCAUCAGUGCCUUCCCAACCAAAAGUCCUCGAUUCUCCAGUACAGGAGUCCCAAGAAGGACCCCCAAGCCCGAUCAGUGAAGCUUCUAGCGGAUACUUCUCCCAUAGCGUUUCCACAGCCACACUAUCAGAGGCUUUAAUCGCAGGGAACGAAGUGCCUACAGGACAAACACCCAGUCCGGUGGCUACCAAUAUUAGCUUGGCUACAAUACCUACCUCUCAAGAGCCUGAGAAAGACCUUGCGGGAAAGCUGGAAGCAUUGUGUGAUCAUCCCUCAGACAAAGCUGAGCAUGGAAAGGAGCUGGAGGAACCCAUUCAGGAUGAAGACUUUUAUCGUACGAAAUAUCAGGACUUAAGUUCUAACAACUCUAUAGACCCCUCCAAAGAUCUUCCUUCCCAAGAUAAGCUCCCAGUGACAGGCUUGACAUCCUUCGAAAACAAAGGGGACCCCAAGGACUCUUCUUCCCAAGGUCCUAAACCAUUAACCUCUGACCUCGACCUCCAAAGUAAAGUCAUACUGUCACCUUUCAAAAUACAGAAGGUAAAAACAUCGGAGCUGAAGUCCUUCACACGGAUGCUCGGGGAUGAACUAGGAGAACCAACAAGCUUGGCCAAGGUGGUGGGAACAGGGGCAAAGGGAAGUCGGGAGAAGUUAAAUGACCAAGUAGGAAGUGGUGAAGACCCAUCAGAAGCAACAUCUGACUCAGAGGAAUCUCAGGAGGUUCCUGAAUGGUUGAAAGAGGGUGAAUACGUUACCGUCGGGACCAAUAAGAACGGAAUCGUAAGAUACAUUGGACCUGCAGAUUUUCAGGAAGGGAUGUGGAUCGGUGUGGAACUGGACUUCCCUGCAGGCAAAAAUGAUGGCUCUGUUGGUGGCAAAUACUACUUUAAAUGUAACCCAGGCUACGGUGUCUUGGUUAGACCCAAUAGGGUGAAGAAAGCCACCGGUACAGGCCGGAGAAAAAGUGCCGGGUUGCGUUUGCAGGGAGGAAUCUCUUCAGAAGACCGGAAAAGUGGGAGCUUGUCAGGAUCUGCUGGAAAUCUUUCGGCAUUGACCACCGCCCUGUCUAAGUCAGAUAGAGCUGCAAACAUAAAGGCAGAUGCCCGAAAAAAGGCGGAGAACCGAAAGUCGUGGGCUAACUAAUCUACAACACACUAAAAGAAGGACAUCAUCUCCAAUGGCCGUUUAUAAGUCUUCUUCACUACUUAUUCGAUGCUGUUCCUGUAGGUACGGCUGUAUACAUAGUAGACAAUGCAGCAUCGGUACGGUAUUUCGUCUUCACACCGGUGACCAUGGCUCAGCUUUGAUCCAAUGACGUGUCUCAUGAAGCAGAGUUGAGAAUGGAUUUCAAUUCUGAUGGCACGGUCGAGCCAAUGAGGUGUGGAAAGCCACCCUAAGACCUCUCUUCACCAUGCGUGUUCCACCUCUUCUUUCACCUCUCUAAACAUGUAUAUAUGUGUAUGUGUAAAUAUGUUCUAUACGUAUGUUGUAUGUUUUUAAGGCAGGCUCCAUGCUCUUCCAUGAUCCUGCCCGACCUCUAAGUCACUUUGUCACAAUCAGACAGAAAUCUGACAUAAGGGAAAAUAGACUGGGACCAGUGUGUGUCCGGUCACAUCUGUGUGUACACAUGUAUAUUAGCGGGCUUCAUGUAUGGAUGCACAGUGGGUUUUUGGAAAGUAUAAUGUGCAAUGAGCAGCAAAGGCGGUCACGUUGUAGACAAGAGCUUACGUUGACCAAUGUCCAUUAAAGCUCCCUAUAUGCACUCUUAUUUUUGUGCACCCAUGAUCCUUGGUUAUGUUAAUAUUGUUUAAGAAGUUUUUGGGAACUUUUUUGCAUGAUAAAACCACUCUUGUUUUUUUUUUUCACCUCUUAGGUUCUCCACCUAAAUGGGUUUUUAUUAAAACCUGAUUAAUAAUGCCGACCUGGUCAGGUGGCCUAUCUCUAGCAAAUGACCUUUCUUUGAUAUAUCAGAUCUUGAGCUCAAGAAUAAAUGGUGACUUUAAAGGAGUACUCGGCCCCUAGACAUCUUAUCCCCUAUCUAAAGGAUAGGGGAUAAGAUGUCUGAUUGCCGGGGGUCCUGCGUCUGGGGACCCCACGAUCUCCUUUCUGCACCGGCAUUUGUUUAGAGUGUCGGGUGCAGCACUGGAAGCUCGUGACGUCACGUCCUUGCCCCCUCAAUGCAAGUCUAUGGGAGGCCCCUCCAAUAGACUUGCAUUGAGGGGGCGUGGCUGUGACGUCACGAGCUUCUGCCCCGCAUCGCCAGUCAUCCAUCACAGAGCGAAGUUCGCUCCGUGCACCGGAUGUCUGGGGUGCCGCAGCCGAGAUCGCCGCGAUUAGACAGCUUAUAAGAUGUCUAGGGGCGGAGUACCCCUUUAAGUUGAGAGCAAAGAGGAGGCAAGGAGACUUAGGUCUCGUCCCACACAUUUCUUAGUCUCUUUUUGCCUUGAAGAUUAGAUUUUUAGGUGGAGGACCUCAACACUGCCUCUUAGCAAUUUAUGUAAGAUUAAGAUUCAUGAUGUGACACCUAUGAAAGCACAAGUACGUUUUACAAACGGUGGCGGGUCUUAUAUUUAUGUUAUUUAUGGUAUGUGGUGAAGGGUAAUAGUUGUAAUAUUGGAGAUGGCGGGGUGCGAUAUACAAUCUAAUCAUUGUCUAUUGAUGACCACUACAACGCUCGACUAGAGAUUGAUUGCAGCGUGGCAUAUGUCAUGACCAAUGGCCGUGUUGGAACAAGGGCUUUCCUAUUGAGACUUUUCGUCGUAUAUCACUAGCAAAAACUUAGUAUGUGGAUCUAGAACAACUGGUUCCAGUAUUGAUAGAGCCAUUUAUUACUUUCUGUUCUUCUUCUCUGUACUCUGUAGACUGGUAUCCGAGCGCCAGUCACUUGUGUACCUCAACUAAGAGCCUGUUGCCACAACCGUACGUGUUGACUCCCCAUAUCUUCCUUCAUAUCUAAAUGAUAUUUCCCCUUUGAUGAUUCCUUCCUCUUGCCCCUUAUAGACUUUGUAUCCACAUCACAACCUUGCACUUACUACACUACAGUUAUGACACCACUAGAGAACCUCAGGUUGGAGACCAUUGCUGUAGAGCAACAUCUGCACCACAAAUGGUGUAAUCCAGACUGUGCGGUUGUUCGCACUGUAAUAGUCAUCCACAAUUAUAGCACUUUCACUGGCACAUGGUAUCUGCGUGUACUGUGGUUUCUGGAAUAUUUACUAUGCAUAUCUGUCUCUUGUGUGAGCUCUAAUACAUAUGGAUCGAGGCAUGGAUGACAUGCACAGAAAAUCAGGACCAAAUGUGAACGUAGGGGGGAGGUGUGAAUUAGCUCGCAAUGUGCAACUCAUUGAUCCCAAGGGUCAAUUAUAGCAAAAAAAAAACAUAUGUCCAUUGUAUGUUUCCUACAAAGUGCCUUAACCCCUUAGUCCACCUCAGACUGGAGGCAGCUAAAAGACUACAGAGUUGAGAUUCAAUCGACAGAUUACUUUGCUUGUUGACCCCCAAGGAUCUCUAGAACAUAGGUGUUCCUUGACUUCAAUCAAGACUUUCCAGCACUGGACCAAUAUUGUUCUCUCGAGAGAAGCUGAUUUGUAGGCGCAUGGCCCCAGAGAUGUUAUUCAUAAAAUGAAAAGUGCUGCCAAUGGUUUACAACUGGCAUAAAGUGUUGAGGCCAUCUUCUCACGAAUUGGGUAUAGAUAGAGGGCUACUUGUCUUGAGUAUCGACACUCAAUCGAGCUUCUGAAAUUUUCAUGACUUUUCUUCUUUUAACCUCUAAUAGGAAAUAUUUUUAGACCUCUAUGGUUUUGGCUUUCAGAAGUUCCAUCUUGAGGCAUCCUUCUGUAGGUGCUGCAUUGGUCUUCUACUUCUUCACCUUGUAACAUUCUGACACAUCGACCUAUUUAGCUUCACGAGUCUAAGAUGGACCGUGGUGACUUGAGAUCACUUGCUAAGGCCACCUUUAAUUUGUCUUUUUAAAGUUUCCCGAGACCUUACUAAAGCCUCAAGUUCUCUUUUUGUAGUUUUUUUUUUGUGUAGUAGUUUUAUAGUAUCGCUCUAUAUUAUGUCUCUGCCAAGUAUCUAUUGCAAACCACAUUUGCCUUUCUGUUAAGAACGUGUCUUCUUGUUUGAAAGUACUUUCAGACGAUAGUUUGUUUUGGUUUUUGGACCUCUUUUUAUGAAAGUAGCUGAACUAUAUUCAUCCCGUUGAGUUAGUUGUAGACAUAGGGUUUCGUCUCUUGCAGAAAGAUCCUUCAGUAGACCUUGGAUCACCAAGGAGUUCUCUUGCCUGUGUAGGUGGUGAAGUUCUUGAAGGACCUUUUGGAUCAAGGAGUUCUCUUGCCUGUGUAGGUGGUGAAGUUCUUGAAGGACCUUGGACCAAGAAAUUCUCCUGCCUGUGUAGGUGGUAAAGUUCAUGAAGGACCUUGGACCAAAUAUGAUCACUCACUUCUUCUAAAGUUGCCCUGGCUACCUUAUUCAAGACCACUGUCAUUUUUUUAGUCGAAGCCAGAGCUGUGUUAUGUCCCUUGUGUUGAUAAGCCACCCCACCCAAAUAAAAAAAAAAAUAUUUUUUUUUGUGGGAAGGAGGCUAGCAAUCUGUACACUAUGGAAGUACCUUUUAAAUUCAUUUGUACAUAUUUUAAUGCACUUUACUUGACCUUAAUCAGCCAUAUGCUGUUAAAAUCAAGCAACAAAAAAAUUUAUUAAAACAUCUCGUGUCUCGUAAACAUUUUUUGUAUUUUUUUUCUUUUGCUUGCACUGCUGCUGCGGUUUUAAGAGAUUAUGUACAUAUAUAAAUAUAGAUUUUUAUUGUCCAGUAAUAGCUGGAGCCUGCAGCCCACUGCCACAGAUUAGGGAGAUCUACAUGGGUGCUGAGCCCAGGGAAGAUGAAUUAUUCUUUGGUUAAAAAAAAACUAAAUAAGCCCCAGCUGGGGGUGACAGUGUUUUGAGCAAGGGCAGAGACUAAUGACAUGACUCCACCCACGCUUAGAUGUCAUUGUUAGAUAUUUGGCCGUUCAACUAGUUGAUUAUCUAAAUAGUGAGCUUCCAACUGUUGCAAAACUACAACUUCCAGCAUGCCCGGACAGACAACAGCUGUCCGGGCAUGCUGGGAGUUGUAGUUUUGUAACUGUUGGAGGCACACUGUUUUGAAAACACUGGUCUAAACCAUUUCAGUGGAGGGUCACUAACCCACUGUCCACGAAGAUCCAGGUCAAACUCGACCACAAGGAGGGUCCUGUAAUCUACAUGGGGGGAAUUGUGGGUAAUGGCACUUGUGCAAGGGUUGGGUCUAUUGACUUGACUCCACCCAUGUUUAGAUGUCGGUGUGAGAUUCUUAUUCAUUCAACUAGUUGAUCAUCUAAUGCUUUUCAGUGGAGGGUCACUGUCCUCAAAGCUUGAGGUCAAGCUCCACCACAGGAGCUACAUGGAGGGGAUUGACAUGACUCCACCCGUGCUUUGAGUGUUUAGUGCAGAGGAGGGGACUCUUGCCAUGACUCCACCCAUGCUUUGAUGCUAGUGUGAGAUUCUUUUCCGUUCAACUAGUUGAUCCUCUAAAGCUUUUCAGUGGAGGGUCACUUUCCUCAAAGCUUAAGAUCAAGCUCCACCACAGGAGCUACAUGGAGGGGAUUGUGGGUAAUUGCAUUAUUCCACCCGUGCUUUGACAGUGUUUUGUGCAGGGGAGGGGACUAUUGCCAUGACUCCACCCAUGCUUAGAUGUCUGUUAGAGAUUUGUGUGGGUUCAACUAGUAGAUCGUCUAAAGCUUUUCAGUGGAGGGUCACUGACCUCAGCCUAAGGUCAAGCUACAUGGAGGGGAUUUUGGGUAAUGACAUUAUUCCACCCAUUCUUUGAUGCCACUUGAUGUGAGACUAUUUUCUCUCCCCCCUCUUCUCACAGUGGCCCGCACCCACUACAGCCUUCACAAACCUAUCGGCUUAUAUCUGGUAGUAAAUACUUACGAUGUGCCUUAAUUUUCCUAGAUAUUUUAGACAAAAAAAAAACUUUUUAUAUUGCGGUUUGGUAAACAAGACUCCAUAUUGAAUCAUCUUCUAUAUCUACACUGGGACUAUUUCUCUUUUUUUAUUAUUCUUUUUCUCUUUCUCUUUUCUACGGGAAUAGUAUCACUAAUAUUUUUGCUGGGAUUUGAUUAAGUUUGUAAAUUGUUGCAAGUAAAGCAGCUGGCACAUAAACGUAAUAAUGUCAUAAUUGCGCCCGGAAUCAAUGCUUUUUCCUGGCUUUAUGGAAAUGGUUAUGUUGUAUUUAAAAAAAAAAAAAUUGUUCUUGCCUGAAGAGACGGACUCCCACGUCCCUAAUUUGCUCAGCUGCAAAGGUGUAAGGAUAAGCGCCGCGAUACGAUUAUGUUUUCAUACGUUUUUUCAUGUAUUAUGUCUCUGUUGAGAGGAAUGAGCACAUUGUGGAUCUCCAGCCAUCAUAGAACAUUCCGGGUUCGGAACGUUUUCAGUACAGGUUAUUUAGUGUUGUAGAUUCUAGACUAGUGUUUCCCAACCCAGGGUGCCUCCAGCUGUUACAAAUCUACAAAUCCCAGCAUGCCCAGAAAGUCUUUGGCUGUCCGGGCACACUGGGAGUUAUAGUUGUGUAACAGCUGGAGGCAGGGUGCCUCCAGCUGUUGCACAACUAUAACUCCCAGCAUGCCCAGACAGCCUGGGUUGGGAAACACUGUUCUAGACACUUCACGGUAAUGUUCACAUUGAUCGGUGUUAGGGGGCCCGGAGAAUUGUUCCUAGAAUUUUUAAGCAAUUUUUGGACAAUGGACUGUAUAGAUUUAAAAAAUGAUGGGAAAAAAUUUAAAACGCUGAAUUCCAAAGAGACAUCUAAUAAACUGCAAGAUUUUAAAAAAAUGAUUUUUAUUGAACUACUGUAUGAUGCUCAACAAUGUCUAAUGAAUAAACUUUUUUUAAACAUGAA